AUAGAAAUUUUGUAACGUUAAUACGAUUUCUGCCUAUUAUAUUUUUUCAAUUAAUGAUUUUCCAGAAUUAUUUAUUCCAUGGUUUCAUAUAAUUUCAGAAAGGCAAAUUCUAAGGUAUUAAAAAGUAAACAUUUUUCGUAUAUUAUGAUUUAUAAUAUUAACACGACGAAAUCCCACGGUUCCCUUAUGUCAUUUUACAAAAUUCAAAUAGACAUUUAUAAGGUGAUUAAUGGAUAAUUGCAGAUUGUCUGUAUAAAGAUCUCGUGAGAUUAAAAAAAAGAGAUAAUGUUCGAGUUUUACUAUAAGUGUUAAAUUAAAGCAGCCCACCAUACACAAUGACGAUCGUACCAAGUUCACACUAUUCAUCAAUGGUGUAUGCGUUAAUGCUUAUUUCUUUAGUGAACAUACACAAUGACCGCUCCCUUUGAGACGUCGUUAGGAUGGAUGACGAGAACCUGCUCGACCCUUUAGAAGAAAAAAAAAAAAGAAAAAAGAGAAGAAAAAAAGAGAAAGAAAGAGGGCAAUUCAUUGAAAUCCGAGAUACAUAGUUUCCUUAUUAUGUUCAACAUUUCAUUGGCGAUUUUACUAUGACUAUGUUGGUAAUUUGAGCGAUCUAGCUUCCACUUUUCGACUACCGCACUGCGCUGCAUUAACUUCUCUUUAUGAUUAUUUAUUAUGCUUGUUUCUUCUGUUAGACUAGUACAUGAUAAAGAUAUAAGAAGAAAUAGGCGAUGAAAUAUGACGUAUAGUGUUAUUUCUAUCGCGUUAUCGAUAACAUUACAUUACAGACCGGCGUCUUCCUAUUAUAAGAAAACAAACAGAUAUAUAUCGUAUUUAAAAAAAUUUUUUACUUUUAUGAAAGACAAAUAUCUUUUAUGAAUUAUUAAAAAAUAUUGUCAUAUAUAAAUUUUUCUCGUAAAUUUAUGUUUGAUAAAUUACAUGUGUCAUUAAUAUUGAAUAAAACGGAAGGCUUAAUAAAUUUUAGUGGCUAACAAAGAAAUUUCAAUAACGAAGAAAUAGUGCUAGAAUGUAGCGCUAACAUACAAUUGUAAUAUCGUAGUAAGAUUUCAAAUAAUUAAUUAUUUUUUUACUUUACUUUAGUGAAACGUAAUUCGUUAUUACAUGUAUAACGUUAUUACGUGCUUUAAAAAAUUUGUAUAUUUAACGACUUUGUUUAUGACGAUAAUGUAAAUAUAAUAUGAUUUAAUUACUAAUUUAUUUCUUUCAUUUUUUCUUUUUUUCUUAUUUCUUACAUUAACCGUGAAGAAAUAAAAUUAUGCAGUCGAUUCCUGACGACGUUAUGUACUGAUAAAUAUAUGGUGCAUAUGCGUGUUUCACGUAAAAUAUUCCAUCGGACACCAUAAUUUUCCAACGUUACUCAUUAUUUUCAUUUUUUUUUCACCAUAAUUACCAUGUGCGUAAUAACCGAGGAUGUUGAUGUAUGUAAAUCGUUAUGAACUGACACAAUGAUUAAAAUAAUGAGAGUUCUUUGGUUUACCUGGAAAGAUCAGAUGAAACUCGUUAUUUAAAAAAAGCAACCAGAAAAAAAUUAGUCUAGCUGUUUUGAUGUUCUUCCUCUUUGGUAAACCAUACAAGCGUGGGUUUUUCUGCAACGAUGAAUCAUUGAUGCAUCCAUACCAUUCGUCCACGGUUACUAGUACGAUGCUCUACGUCAUUGGCCUCUUUCUUCCUAUAUGUACGAUGAUCGCAGGUGAGUACUUAUAUGGAAGACAAUAUUCUAGCGAUUCGUCAAGAGUACUCUUUGGAUAUACGAUCCCACCUUGGCUUUGGAUGGCUUACAUUAAGGUUGGUGUUUUCGGAUUUGGAGCAGCAACAACAGUUUUUAUGACGGACAUUGCCAAAUACACGAUUGGUCGAUUGAGACCACAUUUUAUGACACUCUGCGUACCAGACAUUAAUUGCAAUUUGCCUGAAAAUCAGUUCAGAUAUAUCGAGAAUUUCACUUGUACCGCACCAGGCAUUUCGCCGAAAUUACUUAAGGAAAUGAGAUUAUCUUUUCCUUCGGGGCACUCCUCGUUUUCAGCCUAUACGAUGAUUUACCUCGCCAUUUACUUGCAGCUAAGAAUUACAUGGAAAGGUAGCAAAUUACUGAAGCAUAUAUCUCAACUUAUAUGCAUUUUUAUGGCGUGGUUUACGGCAAUGUCAAGAAUUUCCGAUUAUAAACAUCAUUGGAGCGACGUUCUCGCCGGAUCGACCAUCGGUACCAUUAUCGCUCUUGUUGUGAUAUUCUGCAUAGCCGAUCUCUUCGAGGAAAGACGAAGGAGCUGUCGGGUGGAAAAACAACGGACAGGGGACUAUGAAGCAACAGAAGCUGGUACGCAGGUUGUUAUCGACUUAGAAGAAGAGGCUGAUGACAUACUACUACGGCAGACAUUGUAACUACGCGCGUACCUAUUAAUAAGAAGUUGACAGAGCCGAAUUAAUUAUUUCGGUCAAUAUGCAUAUAUAUAUACAUAUAUAUAUAUAUUUACUUCUUGUUAAUUCUUAUUUAUUUAAAAGAGCGAAGUUUUAUGAUGGAUAACUAUGAUUCUAUAACUUGGGAAACACUGUGUAUUUCCUAUCUGUGUAAAUAUUCUCUCAGAAAAAGGACAAUACAAUGACCUUAGAGCAAAUUUUCAAUGGCGUCAAUUAACAAAAGUUAAUGUCUGUAGAUAAAUAUUUUUUUUCAAUAAUGUUAAAUUGUUAGCAUGAUUAGUAUGUUCAUAGAACUUGUGAUUUACGUCUUGCAGUGCAUAGAUGUAUAUGAUGAUCAUACAUGCACGAUCCAUGCUACUUAAAUACGAAAAAUAUUCUGUAGUAUCGACGAUACAUACACAUUACAAUGGUGCUUUAGAUUUGUUACAUGUACAGCUAUGCUGUAUUCUUAUAUCUGAAAGUAUUUCAUAAUUAGAUGUAUCUUAUGUAUAUGUAAGAAAAUCCUCUAUAUUUACAUACAUUCAAAGAUUUUUAUUUAUUUUAUAAAUACCUUAAUGUAGGAUAGAGUUUGGAUUUACAUAUGCAUUUGAUAUACUAUAGAUUAUUAAGUUUAUAGAUUAUAAAAGGGCUCUAUAUUUCUUCUAUGUAGAAGAUACUGUUAUUUCGGAUGACAGUUAUAUAACAUCCGUAAUAUUAGGUCCUAAUUUGUUAAUUUAUGUUAAUUUAUAUUAGUCAAAUUGUAAACUCUAUAUUGUUAUUUCCAUGCUUAAAUAAUACGUUACUUAUAUUUUAUAACAUUAUAUGUGAAUUUUCUAUAAAACAUUUACAAUUAACAGUUAGAAUUAGAAAAUAAAAUAAAAAAAGUGUCGGUAGGUAAUAAAUAAAGAAAAUAAAAAAAUAAAAAAAAUCCAAUUUCGUUACAAGAAUCCAUGUAUUAUUUCUGGAUGUUAUGUUAUAAUACUAUAUACUAUA